CUGAGCUUGAAGUUGGAAAUGCUGGAGUUUCAGAUAACUUACGAUGGAUUGCUCAUGGCCCUCAUCCUUUUGUUAUUAGAUAUAGUGGUUAUGCAAUCAAUGGAUGUCGCUAUCACACACAAUCUUGUGAUAAAGAACGAAGUGUACAAAACAGUGGAGUUAGCUUAGUUGCAAAAACAAUGCAAGUGUCUAGUUCUAAAGAUAAAAAUCCGGUCAUCGGAGAUAUGUCAUUUUAUGGAGUCAUACAAGAGAUAUGGAAACUAAAUUAUAAUACGUUUAAUGUUCCUGUGUUUAAAUGUGAUUGGGUUCAAAACAACGGCGGUGUUCUGAUUGAUUAACUUGGUUAUGUUUUAGUUGAUUUGAAUAGAGUAUGACACAAGUCAGACUCCUUCGUACUAGCAAGUCAAGCAAAACAAGUUUUUUAAGUUGAGGAUCCAAGCGAUGUUAGAUGGUCAGUUGUGCUUACUCCACCACAAAGAGACUUUUUGAAGAUCGAUAUAACAACGAUGAACUUGGUGAUACAAUACUACAGUGUGAAGGAAUACCCAAUGGUAUGCCAGAUGUUGACUUAAAUAAUGACUUGGAUGACAACAUCUUAACAUACGUACGAGCAGAUUGUGAAGGCACAUGGAUACCUACAUAAUAUUAUAAGCCUUUGAUUCAUACAUCACACAUGGACAACUUUAGUGAUGAAGAAGCUGGUGUUAAUGAGUUCAAACCAACAUUUGGAAUUGAGGAUGAUGAACAUCUUCGUACUGAAAAUGAAACCCCAAAGCAGAUAUGUAGACCACGAGGACCAACUAUUAUGUUUGAUGUCACUCGCAUUAUAAGUUUGGGAGAGAAGAAGGUGGUGAUGUACAAUGAAGACGGAGUACCCAUUGGUGAGAAUGGACCAAAGUUGAAGUCUUUCAUAGGAUCAACAACACAUUAUCAUGUCCCGAUCACAUAUUCAUCCUAGAAAAGUGUGCCUGUAGAGCUGAAAGAUAAAAUCUUCAGUACGGUCGAGGCCGCAUUCGUCAUUGAUCCAAGAUCUAGGAAAAAUAUUAUACAAACUGCAGGCAUUUCGUUUCGUCAGUUUAAGUGUUGGCUAACAACAAAAUAUAUUAUGCCACACAAGGAUGAACCACAACUGCUACAAGUUCCACCAGAAAAGUAUUCAUUCAUUGAUCAACAUCAUUGGGCAGAAUUUGUAAGGUCUAGAUUGUGUGAAACUUUUCAGGAAAAAAGACUUCUGCAACAAGAUAGACGAUCUAAGAACAAGUAUAACCAUAGGAUUUCGAGGAAGGGUUAUGUCAAUCUUAUCGAGGAAAUGAAAAGGAAGGUUCAAAUCAACCGGAGUUGGAUCGAGUCAUCAUGUGGAAAAAGGCUCGAGUUAACAAAAAAAUGGGAGUAUGAGAACGACGACGUUCAACAAGUUGUCCAUAAAAUUGAUGAGAUUUCAAUGAAUACGUCUUCAUCGUCUCAAAAAGGACACUCUUCUAACGAUGUGUUAACCCACGCAUUGGGUACAAAAGAGCAUCACGGUCGUGUUCGUGGGGUCGGUGGGUAUGUUACUCCUACCAAUUACAUUCAUUCUGUAAAAAAGACUAUUUAAUUAUCAUUCUUAAAUUUAUUAUCUAUUAUAAUUAGACCUCGAAAUAUAUCAUCAUUUUUUCUUUUCUUUUUUUGUGAUAAAUUUGUUGGAAAAUUGAAAUAUACCUCUCUCAUUGAUUAUUGUGUUGUAAAAUUUUCAUAUCUUUAUGUGCACUUAAUAAAUAUACCGUAGUUUAUUAAA